GAAUUUGUUGCCUUUAGCCGCGAGGAAGAAGCGCAGUGAGGGAGUAAAGAUGGCGGCCUCCUUGGUUAGAUUUGUCCGCAGCGGUUUAGGCAAGAGUCUAAACGUUGUUAGACAGAGUGCUGCUGUUGGCCAAACAAGAACAACGACAACCGAGGCGAGACCUACUGUGAUGCCGAAGGACCCGGUCACCCAAACCCAGCUUUCAGAGUUUGGAGAAUAUAUUGCAGAGAUACUUCCCAAAUAUGUUCAGCAAGUCCAGGUGACCUGCUAUAAUGAGCUGGAGGUGAUGAUCCACCCAGAGGGUGUUAUCCCCGUUCUCACCUUCUUAAGGGAUCACACAAAUGCUCAGUUCCGCAACAUGACUGACUUAACAGCUGUGGAUGUACCUACAAGACAAAACCGCUUCGAGAUUGUGUAUAAUCUGCUUUCCCUGCCCUAUAACUCUCGUAUCCGUGUAAAGACCUACACCGAUGAACUGACUCCUGUUGAUUCAUCAGUCUCUGUGCACCAGGCAGCUAACUGGUAUGAAAGAGAGGUUUGGGACAUGUAUGGAGUUUUCUUUUCAAACCAUCCAGACCUGAGACGCAUCUUAACAGAUUAUGGGUUUGAAGGACAUCCAUUCAGAAAAGACUUUCCAUUGUCCGGAUACGUGGAGGUCCGUUAUGAUGAUGAAGUGAAGCGUGUUGUGGCUGAACCUGUUGAGCUUGCACAGGAGUUCCGAAAGUAUGACUUAAACAGUCCAUGGGAAGCAUUCCCCGCAUACCGGGAGCCCAAAGACGCACCGAAGCUAGAGUCUGGAGACAAACCGGCCAAGUAACCUCACCUUAACAAUGUGAUCCGGGAGAGCCCUAAUCACACCUUGAGAUUUUCUUUAGACGUAUUUAUGUAAAUAAAAAGACCAUGUACAACAUCCAAAUAAAAAAAGGUUUAAAAAGCU